GUCUAUAAAUUCAGAGACUCAGUGGUUACACUCUUCUCAAGUUCUCUCAUUGUGUAUCGACUAGACAUGAUGAAAUCCAUAAUCAAAAUAAUUACUGCUUUCUUUCUUUUAUCUUUCUCUACUGUCUUAAGAUCUCAUGCAAGAAUGCUACCUGCAGCAGGAGAAAAUGGUACAUCAAAAUUAGUUAACAAAGAAAAGGAGUGGAUGAGUAUGGUUGCAGAGCAGAUAAUAACAAGCAGCAGCUUCAUCAGCAACUACAGAAAACGUCGGCCACCAGCACCUCCGUCUCCGCGCAGUGCACCUCCGCGACAGCCCGGGAUAAGCGACUACAAACCGCAAUCUUCAUCUCUACUAAAAUUUUGGAAUAUAAUCAGCGGCAUGAUAAGAAAAGCAACACAACCACCACCUCCAGCUCCAAGUACAACAGCCCCGAGAUCAGGGAUGAGCAACUACAGGAAAGGACUGCCACCGCCACCUCCGCCGCCACAUCCUUCACCUACAAUAGGCCAUAUAAUCUUAGCGACUCCACUGAAACCGGAAAUGAGUGACUAUGGAAAAGUUGCAAGGUCGCCGCCUCCAGCUCCAUUUACUUCACCUGCAAAAGUUGAUGCAGAAUCUACUAUUGAUGUUAUUUUUGGACGGUUAUUAAAACCUCCUCCUCCGCGUGAUAUUUGGAUUGCUGAUUGCUAGAAGUUCUUACAUAGCUAGGUUUAUCGAUAUAGUAGCGUGCGGCAUGCACGUAAAAUAGUUUCGCCGUACAUUGGUUGUGGCCUUGUAAGUUGUAGCCGCUUAAUUCCUACUUAUUAUUUCGACUCA